GUCCUUCGAAUUCACACGGAUGCGUUGCUAAGACGGUGAAUAUGACUGCGGGCGUCUUUGCAUUUUCCUGAGAUUAAGAUUGAGAAUGGACGAGACUCUGGACCCUGGUUGCGAUGCUUGCUUUCUAACCAGGACCUCAUUCACCCUCUCCGCACUCGGGGUACCCUUGAACUCUGUAUCGCCUGGUCGAGGACUUGAUCAAGACUGGGCUGCUUGAAUCUAGCGUGUCCUUUCACCCACUCUGCAUCUUCGACGCCGUUUACAACGUUCAACCGGCUCGGAAUGACCAUCCAUGCAUUAAUAAAAGCAGAUUUCUUCCCGCUCCUGUUCGCACCUCUUUGGGCAGGUGUUCUUGUUCUGCCAUGUCUCUUUGGGGGAGUAUCUGGUGAGGUGGUGGCUGCGUUGAAACAGGGUUUCUUCUUUGAUUGGACACCUGAUGGUCUACGCGUGCCCAUACCUACCACAGCACAGUGCGAGACCAUCUCGAUCAAAUGGGAGCGAGGGUUUGCGACAGGGCCCAGUUCUAUUUCGCCAUAUUUUCUUCAAGUUUACGCAUCGACGUCAACUGUUCCCCUAGUGGUUCCAGCUGGAGGUGACACAAUACUGGAAUUCGAUUGGCUUGUACCGUUUGGGCCUGGUACUCAGUAUCUAAUAUGCAUGUAUGACAUCAAUGGGGUGACCGGUGGCUGUCAAGCCAUUUAUACAGUGUAUCCCUCACGCAAUGUCACGCUUGACUCGGAUGAUCCCCCGACCUGUCAUGAUGUUCCGAUGCCACAGACCUCUUUAGGUGUGGUGGCGGCGGUAUCAAACGGACCGUUAUCUCAAUAUGGCUGGGUUGAUCAGUGUACAGAUCUUUCUGUUACCCCAUUGAAUGGUACACCUCCUUAUAUAUUCACUGUCGCCCCUGCACUACACCCUCCUUUCAACGUGAGUCUUCCCAACUACGAUACAUUCAACUGGACGGUCUCAUUGUCAUAUGGCAUGCCGUUCUUCAUUUCUAUGGUAGAUUCCGCUGGAUUGGCAUGGUCUUAUGGACCUUUGCAUAGCGGUGGUAAUGGUCCCACGGACUGCCUGUCUGUGAUUGGCUCUAGCUCUCCCAAGAAGUCUGUGACAUCCUUGACUGCUAUUGGGACCGGCAUAGGCGGCCUAGUCUCUGGUGUUGUGAUCGGUCUUUUAGCCCCAUUCUGUUUUUCCUGGUACCGAGGGCGGCAGCGAAAGCGACCUAUUGCCGUGCAGAGAUUGUCGUCUUCCUCUCCACUCAUACCCAUGUUAUCUCGAGGCGAUUAUACAGACCUACCUACAGCGCCCGCGCGCUCGAGCUCGAGAAAUCAGUAUGCGGACGACCGGUCUCAUCGUUCCACUCCCACCCUCACAGACCCGAUCCAUAGAAUAUUCCGAGAAAGUAAUUAUCAAAUCGAACCCUUCAGGAUGUCGCCCGAUCAUGAGUUCGGUGCUCGCCGUGUGGCGACAGACGGCGCAGUUGGUACGACGGGCUCGUGGGGCUCUUCGAGUUCUCGACCUACAACAGGCCAAUCAUCAUUCCAUCCGAGAUCACAAUCAGAACCAAUGCCUUCGCAAUCUCCUGUACCCUCUACGUCUUCCCCUGUACCCAUUGUACCCCCUCCACAAUCUGUUGCCUCACCAGGUGAUAUGUCAUAUCCACCGUCGUCACCCGUUGGUGGACGUCCGCCGUCACAUGUAUACGUUGUUCAUCAUGAUGGUGGUCGAGCACCCGUUACAGUCUACGCGGAAGAUGGGACAGAGAUUGUAGAACUUCCACCUCGAUAUCCCGAAGUCAGAAGACCAACAGGCACAAGGGCACCACUGCAGGAAAGAAGGUUCACAGGACCAUUACCCAACAAAACCCUCCGGACUACUAAUUAGUGAUAGAUUUUACGAUAGCUAUGACGGGACAGUUCAGGACACUUAGUGGUAUUUCUACGUUUGCUUUAUGUAUCGAGUCAUCAUUAUACCGGGAGCUUGAUGCUUUUGCUUGGUUAGGUUACACGCACUCAUACCCGUAUUGCUAGAUACCACGGUCCACAGUUGCAUAAUGAGAUUCGGUGACUCAGCAUUCUGCGAUGUGAAGAUUGCUAUUGAAGACAAUAUACAUCGGCCGGUUUCCGGUUUAUUCAGCGGCAACAAAUAUGCCAAUUGGCGCAGGCUUCCACCGUGUCUCGUCCAACAAUCGCCAACCAAGGGGUAACUCAAUCCCGCCCUUCUCGGUUCCAGGAAGAAAUUCGGAGACAACUGAUGCAUCGACGGCCAUAUCGAUUUCUUGGGAUUGAGGUGUACGUGAUCCACCGGAGGAGAUCAGCUUUUCCAGCCGCUCGGUCAUCGCAUCCAGAUCGGAUUCAUCCCAGGUCUGAAAGGGGAUAGAAUAAAUUGGUGAGCGGAUUGUCUAGACGCGUAAUAGAAUGGAAACGCAAAAGAAAAGUAAGUCCUGAUGGAGAUCGUGCGGAAGGAGGGACGUAGGCCGAAUGAAUGUUUCACUUUACGUACCCCUUGCCCUGUUGGUUUUGUAGUGAGAAGUAUAGAUAUAGCUUCCUGUAUUUCCGGCUUGUCUGCACAAAGGGCCUUGAGAAGG